CUUCCCGCCCUUGGCAAUACUUUUACCGCGUGGCAUGAGAGUCAAGUCCGCGCCGCCGGUAUAAAAGCGCCGCGUUGCGAAACCAGAGUAUUCAGUAGCCUUCGUGCAGUCUACCACAGAAGUACACGAUGAGAGUUCUGAUCAUUACCGCUUGCGUGUUGGCGUGCGCCGCAGCCGCGCCGUCGGUGGGCGUGCUGGCCCCCGCGCUGCCCACCAUCAGCUCGGGCGACAUCGCCGGCGCCGCCAUCGAGGCGCACGCCGAGGCAGCCGACCACCUGCGCGCCGCCGCCGACGCCGGCCGCCAGGCGUACGACCAGGCCGCCGAGCUGCAGGGCCGCGCCGCCAACGCCGCCGAGGACCACGCCUGGAGGGCCAUCGACAACGUCAAGACAGUGGAAGCGCAGCUCGACGGAGCCGCCGCCGCCGCCGCGCCUCAGCUGGCCAAGUCUCUGGUCCGCACUCCCGUGGUCGCGCCUGUGGCUGCGUACGCCGCCGCCCCCGUGGCUGCCUACGCUCCGGCUGUAGCCGCCCCCGUUGCCACUUACGCUGCUGCUCCCGUGGCUACCUACGCCGCUGCCCCCGUGGCGACCUACGCCGCUGCUCCCGUGGCUGCCUACGCCGCUGCUCCCGCCAUCUCCACCUACGCCGCGCCCGCCACCAAGACCGUGGUGACCCAGUCGCUGUCCCAGACGCACCCCGCGCCAGCGCCCGCCUUCGCCUACGCCGCCGCCGCCCCGGCUCUGUACGCCGCUCCUGCAGCUUACGCCGCCGCCCCCGUCGCGUACGCCGCCCCCGCGGCCUACCAUGCCGCCCCCGUGGCGUACGCCGCUCACGCCACCCCCUACGUCAAGACCUACGCUCAACCCUGGUAAAUGUGAUCAUGUACAGCACACCAAAAAUACUCAUUUUGGACUCAUUAACUAUUUAAAAACAUCCAUAGAGGCGAAGACGUGUAAAUAAAUUCCUAAAACUUAAAAAUUA